AUGUCGAACGUCAGCUCCGAGUGCCUGCCGGGCUGCGAGGUGGCCUGCUCCCAGCCCUGUGCCUACAGCAGGAGCCUGGAGCCCUGCGUUGCCUCCUGCGGGGAUUCCAGAGCCGUGGUGUUCCCUCCUCCCGUGGUCCUCACCUUCCCGGGCCCCACUCUCAGCACCUGCUCCCAGGAGAGCGUGGUGGGAGCGUCCCAACCCAUGGUUCUGGGUGCUCCCAUCCCAAACAUCUCCGAUGAGUCCUACGGAGUGGGGGGCUCCUUUGGGGCUGGAAGCACGGCGGGGGUGGGACCCGCCUUCGGAUCCGGGGGCUCCUUUGGCUACGAGGGCGCCUCGGGGAUCAGGGGUCCCUUUGGAUAUGGGGGUUCCUUUGGUUAUGGGAUGCAGAAUUCCCGCGGGUCCUGUGGCUACGGGGGUGUGCUGGGAGCGAAGGGCUCCUUUGGGUCUGGGGGUGCCUUUGGCUACGGAGGCUCCUCGGGAGUGGGGAGCUCCUGUUACAGCUGGAGGUCCCGCAGCAGCCGUGGACCCUACCUGGGGAACCGGAGCUCAUCCUAA